UCCUUUAAGGAACUGUAAGUCAUUUAGUUUCAUUCAUAUACCACUGAAGUCCUGAAGACAAGUAUAUUGAAACAUAAAUGUUUAUAAUUGAUGCAUUAAUUAGCUCAGUUAAUGGCCUCAUCUACAUAACUGGGUGUUUAAUAUAUCAACGUGAAUAUCGUGGAACAUUAGGCAGCUCAAGUACCUCCUUUUAUUUUUUUUCCUCCCUUGUCGGCAGUUUGGGAGCAAGUGUGAGACUCCAGUGCCGCUGAGGCAAAGUGAAGGAUGUGGCUCAGUCAGCGAGGCCAAAUACAGUGGGAGGUAUAUGAUGAGAGACGGAGGUAGACAGCUACACACAGAGUCAGGAAGAAGGAAGAUGGACUGCAGCGUGGUGAAUAAUAACGGCAGAGUGAGAGCGUAGCAAAGUCCUACGAGACCGGAGCAUUAUCAUAGAGGACUCGAUGGGGAGCUGCUGCAUCCCCCAGGAGAGCACAGAGACCUGUACAUACAACGCCGCUCUCCUGAUUCUGCACGUGUGUCAGUGUGUGUGUGUGUAUUUGUGUCUAGGAUGUAGAGAGAGAGAGAGAGAAUCAAAAGAUGAAGAUGAGCUCCAAAAAUAGACCGAUGCAGAUUGACAAAUAUUUCAGGAUGCAGAAUAUGUGAGUGAAAAAGAUGAAGGAGUGAUGGGUUGGGUUGUAAUUCAGCUAUCAUUUAUCACCCAGGCAGUAUUUGAUUAAUAAUUCACCAGGCUUUUAAUUCACGAUUUAAGGGAUUUAGAGGAGAUGUUUAUGAUAUGGAGUAGAUUAUUUCUUUUGUGUGUACGUGUCUAUAUGAUGACGUUUAGGGAGACGUUACCAGUUGAUUGAUUGCCUUAUUCUACAAACUAAGUGUGAUCAAAGAAAUAAAAUAAAUCAUACCUGAUGAGAUCAGAACCAUUAGCCAGUAGUUUAUCUUAAUGUCUCUCUGCUCGGACCAUUUAAUCAGGGUUUAUUGGUCUGAGAUAGGAAAAGGAAGCAUCUAUCCCUAGCUUGUAAUAAAUGCAUCCUGGGAAUGUAACAAGAGUGUAAAAUCAGAAACAGUUGUUUCAAAUUUCAAACCAGCACAAUGAAUAAUGGCUUCAGAAAAAGACAGGACUCCCUGACGUUUUGAUUUGCUGCUGAAAAAUUAGAAGGCGCUUCUCACUCAAGCCGACAUAAGCUCUUUUUGAUUAGGUUGUUUUAAUUAGGUAUAUUAUUUAUUUUGUGUGUCAUUAGGUUGGGUUCAAAGAACAACGCUGCGCCGAGUAAUAAAACAGGAUGGUCUUUUGGAACAUGUUAAUAUAGUGUAAUGAUAGGGGUUCAUUAUAUUGCUGCAGCACAGCAAGUCGAAUCCAAUCGCGGGGCUUAAUUUGUGUGUAUGCUUAUUUUUGGCCUGCAACUUCAGUACAAUAGUCUGCAGACUCAUAUUGACACAUAUAUGCAUUUCACAUUCACCGGUGAUGUUUAGUUUUAUUUCAGCGAGGUCUUUAAUAUCGUGCCACACAGGUAGGCCUGCUAUGGUGAAAAUGACGAAUCUGCGAAUGACAACAUUUGGAGCACAGGAAGUGGAAUAUGUAAACAAAUAUCACCAGUUAAACUGGAACACCGGAGCCUCCGAGUGAGAUGCUCCGGUCGGUAAAUGUGUUUCUAAAACGUAUUCAGCGGGCUGGCACGGCAGCUAGCAGCUAUGGGUUGGUGCUCCUGUGAAUGUCGGAGCCUCCGAGUGAAAUGCUCCGGUCGGUAAAUGUGCUUUUAAAACUUAUUCAGCGGUUCAACACGGCUGCUAUAGCUACUUAGCAUGGCUGCCGUGCUCCAACCCACUUUCAGCCUGGACCGGAAGGCGUAGCGGUGUGACGUAGCAUUUGGGCGUUACGGCGAGUAUUGCCGCCUGCAGACGGAUCCUCUUGGAGCGGAAGGAAGCGGAGGGAGAGAGAGAGGACGACAGAGAGGAAACAGCAGCGAGAAGAGAAGAAAGAGAACAAAAAAAGAGAGAGUCGGCUUUGCAGUAUUUUACUCAUUUGGGAUUACUUUGCAAUGCCAAAGGCUCAAGCCAAGACCGAGUUCCCCGCAGACGAGGCUCUGGACUCCGACGAUCCCUUGUCUGAGGACAGUGAGCACAGCGAGUUCGACUCAGAGAGCGAGUUGGUGUAUUCACAAGGCCUUGGCGCCACUUCAGAGGGGUCACAGGAUAGCAGUUCAGACUGGGAGCCUUACACAAAACCAUCUUCCUCAAAGAGACCACGCCGCUCCUCCUCUGCUGCCACCGGCGAUACCUCCACUCCUACACCCAAUGGAUCAGGACACAAUGCUGCCACCACUGGACAGGAACGUGCUGCCAGACGUACUCGGGGUAGAGGUAGACCCAGAGGCGGAGGAGGAAGGUCGCAGAGAGCAUCUGACCCUCCUCGUUCUCCCCCCCCAGAACAGCCGUGGCAGUUGGGUGAGGAUGAAGACGUUGAGCCUGCUCCACUGAUAUUCUCGCCAGUAAGGCAGCCGGGACCACAGCAAACCACCAAGGAUGCCCAGACACCACUGGACUUUUUCAAGUUAUUUUUUACAGAUGCGGUGCUGGAGUGUUUGGUGGCAAACACCAAUUCUUAUGGUCAACAAAAACAACAUGGAAGAGAGAUGCGUGGCGUGACAUCACUAUCGGAGACUUUCUUUCAUUCUUGAGCAUGGUCAUUUACAUUGGACUUGUGAAGUGUUUGACUUUUAAGGAUUAUUGGAAAGUGUCCCGCAUAUAUGGCUUACCAUUCCCAGCCUCUGUCAUCUCCCGCAACAAAUUUUUGAGCAUUUGUAGAGCCCUCCACAUGAGCAGCCUCACAGCUGAUGCAGAUAAUGAUGCUAAGAGGAGGACACCUGGUUAUGAUAGGCUCUGCAAGAUCAAGCCCCUCUACCACAGCAUCAACAGUGCCUGCAAGGCUCACUUCCAGCCGGAACAGAACAUCUCUAUAGACGAGAGGAUGGUGGCAUCGAGGGCACAAAUUGGACUGAAACAGUACAUUCGCACAAAGUGGGGGUACAAGUUGUUUGUACUCACUGAUUCCAAUUCAGGCUACACCUGGAACUUCUCUGUCUACGAGGGGAAGUCAUCUGGCUCUGGGAUGGGCCUCAGCUACGACUCUGUGAUGUCCGUCAUGGACUUCGACAGCUUGGGGACUGGUUAUCACCUUUAUGUUGAUAACUUCUACACCAGUUCCCAGCUGUUCCAGGACCUGCUGGCAAAGCAGAUUGGGGCCUGUGGUAUCAUCUGGCCGAACCGAGCUGGUUUCCCCAGAGGCCAGGCAAAUGACUUCACCAGAGAUACUCCACGGGGUGCCAUCAGGUGGAUCAGGGACGCCAGUCUGCUUUUUGUCAAGUGGAUGGACUCUCGUGAGGUAGCGAUGUGUUCCACUAUCCACAAAGCUUUCAAUGGAGACACAGCCAGUAGGAAGGUGAAGGCGGCUGGACAGUGGGUGCAAACUGAUAUCCCUAUCCCGGCUGCAAUCAAGGACUAUAACGAGCAUAUAGGUGGUUUUGACCUGUCUGAUUCCCUCAUAGGUUGCAGUAGCAUUAUCCACAAGUCCAGGACGUGGUACUGGAACUUCUUCUAUCACUUUUUGGAUAUCGCUGUGGUCAACGCGUAUGUUUUGCAUCAGCAGUGUAGGCGGGGUCCUGCUAUGACCCAGAAGGAGUUUCGGCAGGCACUUGUUGAAGAGCUGGCAGACAAGGGCUCUGUGUCUACGUCUAAGCGUUCAACUACAAGAUUCAUCACAGUCCCUGCCCAACCGGCGUCACACACGCUGCACUACUUCACAGAGGGACAGAACGUGGCAAAGAGCGAGGCCAGCUCUGCAGGGAGAAGGAAGUGUGUGCUCUGCCAUAAGAAGACACCAGUUGGCUGUAGGAGCUGUGAUGUGGCCUUGUGCUUUGUGGCAACAAGGGACUGUUACAACGCCUGGCACACAGAGAAAGGACUGUAAACUCGGCAAACUGAGAACAAUACCAGGACUGCCUUAGAUCUGGCAUCGCCAGCGUCAUUUCACUCUUUGUAUAUAGUUAGUUAUAUAUUUGUUAAUUUUUGGUCACUUUCUAUAUUUUUGGUAAUUUUUUAUUUUGUAAAUAGUUCAGACAAGUGUGACCAUUGUUUUGGCACCUUUCUUGAAUAAAAAAAAUUCUUAGUUUGGAA